GGAUGCUCAUACAGACAGUAAUUUACAGCUCUGUUACACGGUUAAAUUCAGAAUUUUCUACGGAAACAUCCAUCAUAUUAAUGAAACUAUGCUGAGUGUUUGGACCCUCUUUGCAACUACUGUUUUUGCAGCAUCAGUCUCUGCAAUAUCUCGGAGGAUUAUAAUCCACGGCAGUCAGUUGACUCUGGAUCUUCCUGAGAGGACACAGAGGUUGAAGUUUGUUAGUGCUGAUGAAAGUGAUAAAUUUACUAUCUGGGAACACAAAAGCUCUUCUCUCUCGCCAAGUAAACCCAGUAAAGGCCAAGUGAGCAGUGCCAGUAAUGGCUGGACAUUCAGAAUCCAACAUGUUACUUUUGAUGAUCAGGGAACCUACACCCUGCUAAACCAAUCUGGUUCAACCAUCGCCAGUUAUAUAUUGAAGGUCAAUGUCAGCAAACAAGUCAUUGAUUGUAUCGCAGGUGAAACUCUGACCAUAUCUCUGGCAGGACUCAAGCAGAGUGAUGCCACACUUCGAUUUUACAGCAAUUAUUCAUCUAUCACCCUGGUGGAGAAUGGAGUUCCUGUGGGACGGAAUCACACAGACUACAUCAACCGACUGAAAGUGACCAGUGAAUCUAUUAAGGUUCUCAAUGUGAGCGCGUCAGACAAGGGCAAAUACAGGCUCACCGAUCAUAAAGGAAGACUUGUCUCACUCAAAGCAAUGAUACUAGUGGGUUUUACCCCAUUUGCCAUCAAGAAGUUUUUGUAA